CAUUUUUUGUGCACUUUGCAUCUGAAGUUCAAACCAAGAACAUCUUAUUUACUAUAGUUAAUUUUCUAUUCCGGUAUAAUUCAACUUCUGAAUUUUUAUAAUAGUUUAAUCUAAUUAUCAAGUAAUUUAAGAUUGCGAACAAUUUUUUAUAAUCAUGGAUCAUUGGCCAAAAGAUGUUGGCAUACGUGCUAUUCAUUUUGUCAUACCGUCAAUGUACGUGGAUCAAACUGAUUUGGAACAUUAUGAUCAAGUAUCCAAAGGAAAAUAUACCAUUGGCUUGGGACAAAAACAAAUGGGAUUUUGUACAGAUUUAGAGGACAUUAACUCAUUGUGUUUAACAGCUGUUAGUCAACUGGUGGAUAAUAAUAACAUUAAUUAUUCAGAUAUCGGCCGUUUAGAAGUUGGUACUGAAACCAUUAUAGAUAAAUCAAAAAGCGUGAAAACAGUUUUAAUGAAACUGUUUGAACCCAGUGGAAACUUUCAUGUUGAAGGUAUUGAUACAACAAAUGCUUGUUAUGGAGGAACAGCAGCUUUAUUCAAUGCAUUAUCUUGGAUUGAAUCUAGUGCUUGGGAUGGACGAUUAGCCAUUGUAGUUGCAGCUGAUAUUGCUAUUUACGAAAAAGGUAAUGCACGUCCAACUGGAGGAGCUGGUGCGGUGGCGAUGUUAAUUGGCCCAAAUGCUUCAUUAGUUAUAGAAAGAGGUCUUCGAGGUACUUAUAUGAAUCAUGCAUAUGAUUUUUUCAAACCUGAUCUAACGUCUGAGUAUCCAGUUGUCGAUGGAAAAUUAUCUAUUCAGUGUUAUUUAAAUGCUUUAGAUCAGUGUUAUAAAUCUUACUUGAGCAAAUGCCAUGGUAAUAUUAAUCUAAAUAAAUUUGAUUCAUUUGUAUUUCAUACACCAUAUUGUAAAUUGGUACAAAAAUCAUUAGCCAGAUUGUACUUAAAUGAUUAUUUAAAUAGUAACUCAAAAGAAAUGGAUUAUCCUGGUUUAGAAGAAUAUAAGAAUAUAAAUUUAGCAGAUACAUAUUUUGAUCGAGAUAUUGAAAAAGCAUUUAUGGAGCAUAGUAGAAGUGUAUUUGAAAAUAAGACCAAACCUUCAUUAUUAUUAGCGUCUCGCGUUGGUAAUAUGUAUACCCCAUCUGUGUAUGGUGGAUUGGCUUCCUAUUUAUGUUCCAUACCCUUAGAUAACUUACCUGGGAAAAAAAUUGGUGUUUUUUCCUAUGGAUCUGGUUUGGCUUCAUCAAUGUACUCUAUCAAAAUUGUAGACAAUGAGUUAGCUUAUAUGAUUACUAAUUUAAAGAAAUGUAUUGAUAAAUUGGAAAAACGUAUUCGUGUAACACCAGAAAAAUUCACAGAAGUGUUAGAAAUCAGACAAAAGUCUUUGCAUCAAGCACCUUAUGUACCAGUUGGUAAUAAAAAAGAUUUAUUUCCUGGUACAUGGUAUUUAUCUAAUAUUGAUGAAUUACAUAGGCGUUAUUAUGAAAGACAAGAAUAGAACAAUAAUAAUUAAAAUAUCUAAAUAAUUUAUUAUUUUUUGACCAAAAAGCAUGUAAAUUAUUUUACUAUU